AUGCCGAACUUUGGAAAAAGUUGGUGCGCUCAUCCGUGCCAUAACAUAAUCGAUCCAACCACAGGAAAAAAGAAGUUCGUAAAGAGUGGACGAAAUCCUACUCAUCCUUGUGGAAUACAUAGAAUAGAUGCUGCUACUGCAGCGCAUAUAAAUAGGCAAUAUUCAUUAAUUACAGAAAGUACAUUAAAAAAGAUUGAUGAUGGUGAUAAAAUUUGUACUAGUUGUUUGAGAAAAAUAUCGAAAGAACGAUUUGAAUAUGAUAAUAAUGAAACGAAUGUUAUUGAACCUAUGAGUGUUGAUGAAGCAGAAUGGAUUGAUUAUGAUGAUAAUGAUCCUGAAGAAAUUGUUAAUGAAAAUGGUUAUGGACAAGUUAAUCAUAACAACGAAGAGUUACCUUCUUCACAAGAACAAAAACACAAAAGAGAAGAAGUUAGAAGAAAAUUAAAUAUUAUAUUUAAAUUAUUAAAUAUUCCAACUAUUCGUGAUAUGUAA